AUGAAACUCGCUCCCAUUGGCUGGGGCAAGCCCCAUGCCACACGGUUUAUAAAUCAAGCCCCUCGACUUAUUCCUUUGAUUUUCUUCCCCACACCAAACACGCCGUUGAUGCUGUCUUCAAUAUCUCCCUCAUCGUCGUCCGCGACGACUUCGACAUCUUCAAUCGACUAUCAAACCCAAUGGUGCCCAGUCUGUGACAAGAUCAUCGUACCCAAACGCACCCUCGUCCCUAUUCAACCUGACAUUCCCGUACUCAGAAAGAAAGUAAAUCCGCGUCCGCGUGGCUUUGUGGAAGGCACUGGCGCUUUCAACAACAAACAGCAGCAGCCUCCUCGUAUGCGAACCGUCAUCGACCAGGGUCCCUUUCCUUUGUAUUGCUCUGAGGAAUGCAAGCUUCAGGACGUAACAGGCAGGCAUGACGAAGACAAAGAAGGCUACUUCACAUAUCCCCUCUACCGCGUCCCCAAUUCACCUUCGGACGUGGAGUCUAUCUCGGCUAGCGACGAUUCAUUACCGUCACCUACCGAUGAGGUUCCUCACUUCUCUCAGCGGUCUUGUCUUCCCGCCGAUCAGGAUUCUUCACCAUUACUCGCCCCUAUUCGACCCUUCGCUCUUGGUUCAGAGUCUCGCUCAAAAUCUUACCACCACGGUACACCUGCCAUCGCGAUAUCUUCCUCCUCAGCACCCACGCCAAAAUACCGUCCCUCGUCGUUCUCAUCGUCUCGUUCUCCCUCAUCUUUACCAAAUAAUACCGAGGAACUUCUGAGCAAGUUUUCUCAAUCUUUCUCUAGGAGGUCCGAGUCGCGAAUGUCACUAUAUGGUGCCAGUUCACCACCCUCUUCCUCGCCGCUAUCAUCAUCAUCACCGUCACGUCGGGAGCGACCUCUCUUACCACAGGGCGCAGAAGGGAAGUUACUGGUCCCGAACGUUUUUGUGCGCGUUCCGUCUUCCACUUCUAUGCCUUCACGGCCGGCGAGUAGCAGACGAAACUCGUCGACGAGCAUCAACUCCCAGUUUUCUCGCACAGGCUCUAUGUCUAGUUUCGGCUCCACGAGGCCGAGUCCGCUUACCCACUACGAGGACACCGAGGAGAGUGAGGAAGAAGAAUUUGACGAUCCUCCACGCAGCCCAGCUAGUGUCGAUGGCUGUUAUUCUAUCAAUCCGACUUUAAGGAGGCCGGUUUUUGAGACACGGUCCUAUUCUAAUGAUAAUUUCCGGACCAUAACUCGAAGCUCCGCGCAGAAGAAGCGCAGGAGUCUUGUAGGAGGCGAUUCGAUUUUAGGAAGCGGAAAGCGGCUAUUCUUGUUCCCAACAGACUGAAGUCAGUCAUUGUGCGCCAUUCAAUUAUAUUCUAUUGGCCGGUGUAGAGAUGAACCGAAACAAUCACACAACAACCGCUCAUCAACCUACACCCGCAUCGUCCGCACAAGCGUUCAACACCGUCCCGCCUUUGCAUAUGUCUGCCUCUCAUCGCCCCUUUCAUUUUCCCGUCAUCGCCGUAUUCAUCGCAUGGUUUCGUAAUCCAUUAUCCCAUCCAAUGAUCCAAUCUGCAUCCAUCGUUCCCUUUGUCAUGCAUCGCUGUCGAUAAUCACAUCAUCCAUCUUGUUGCAAUUAACUGUAUAUCCCGGAAUUCUUCAUACUAUACCAUCCUAUCUUACUUUCAUUGCAUAUAGCUUAUUUUUUACCUUUGGAAGCCCGCCCACCUCUACCCUAUGCCCAAGAACCGCAUAAUCGCCACAUGUCUGCAAUGAUUCACACUACUUCCGUCUUACACCAUACAUUAUGCUUGUGUAUUUGCCUGCCACCGUUUUCCACUUGGGUUCAUUUGGGUCACAUUCGGACCUCAAAAUAAUCUGGGCUCUCAUCGUUCUGUGUUUUUAUUUUUGGUACUCUUGGUUCCCGGUUUUUUUGUGUUUAGGACUCUGUAACAGCAGCGUAACAUUUUUGUAUGAGUAGGAACAAUUGAAAGUCACAUACUGGAACGA